AUGGCACGUCAUCAAGUUGUUGUUUUGGCUCUUGUUUGUGUUGCCAUUGCUGGGUUGGUGGCAGUCCAAGCUCUGGAAGCUCCUACGAGCUCCCCCAAGGCCUCGCCCGCCACUCCAUCGUCGUCGUCGUCACCUGCCUCGGCCCCCACAUCAUCGUCAUCGGCCUCAGCCCCUAAAGCCUCCGUGUCCGCUCACAAUUCAUCGGCCUCGAGCCCCACAGUCUCCUCACCCGAGGCUUCUGCUACCCCUCCCACCUCCUCUUCUUCCACGCCUGCCGCCUCUCCAUCCAAUGACUCUGCCUCCUCCCCUGACAGUGAGGUCUCGUCUCCUCCCGCCCCAGGAGGCAAGUUCACCCCUGCAGAAGAACCCGCCUCUGGACCUGCUGCUGAUGAUGUUUCUGCCCCCGCACCCUCGACAAACAGCGCCACCGCCGCCCUCAAGAUCUCUGCUGCCGCUGGUGUAGCCCAGCUUGUUGCCUGCUUCUUCGUCUUCUAA